ACUUGAUGUGCACACUAGAUUCCUCUCCGUCUCUCUCGUGAUGAACGGCAGCUGAGCAUCCACCCCGAAGCGUGAUCCUUCACCACAGUUUCAAGCGACUUACCCCCCCAGUCAAGUUUUCUCGAGUUGUGGUGGGAUCUCUUUAUUAAUACCCUGGCCCUGUUAACUCCGAGUUGGUCCGAGCGGGACCGUGAAAGCGUCCGCGGGGCCAGGCUGCGCGAGCCGUGGAACUGCCCCGAGCCCCGCGCGCUCAUGGACGGGGACAUCAUGGACAAACUGGAGGACAUGGCAUCGGUCUAUGAGUUCGACCCGUUAACGGGUAACAUCCCCGCCACCAAAGUGGAGAUCACAGUAUCGUGCAGGAAUCUGUUAGACAGAGACACGUUCUCCAAAUCUGAUCCACUGUGUGUUUUGUAUACUCAAGGAGUGGAGACCAAGCAGUGGAGAGAGUUUGGAAGAACGGAGGUGAUCGACAACACACUAAAUCCAGACUUUGUCCGGAAAUACAUCCUGGACUACUUCUUUGAGGAAAAGCAGAGCUUGCGCUUUGAUUUAUAUGAUGUUGAUUCUAAAAGUCCUGACCUUUCCAAACAUGACUUUCUUGGCCAGAUGUUCUGCACAUUGGGAGAAAUUGUGGGGUCACCAGCCAGUCGACUAGAGAAACCGCUUGGGGGGAUACAAGGGAAGAACUGUGGUAUUAUCAUCUUAAGUGCUGAGGAACUUGGGAACUGCAGGGACAGUGCGACCAUGCAGUUUUGCGCCAAUAAAUUGGACAAGAAGGACUUCUUUGGGAAAUCCGAUCCAUUCAUGGUCUUCUACAGAAGCAAUGAAGACGGCACGUUUACAAUCUGCCAUAAGACAGAAGUGGUGAAGAACACAUUAAACCCAGUUUGGCAGCCAUUUACAAUCCCAGUCAGAGCUCUCUGCAACGGUGACUACGACAGAACAAUAAAAGUGGAGGUGUACGAUUGGGAUCGUGAUGGCAGCCACGAUUUCAUCGGUGAAUUCACCACCAGCUACAGAGAAUUAGCCCGAGGACAGAGCCAGUUCAACAUAUACGAGGUGGUGAAUCCGAAGAAAAAGAUGAAGAAGAAAAAAUAUGUAAAUUCGGGCACGGUGACACUGCUGUCAUUUUCGGUGGAAUCAGAGUCGACUUUCCUCGAUUACAUCAAAGGCGGGACCCAGAUCAAUUUCACAGUGGCCAUUGAUUUCACCGCUUCUAACGGUAACCCAUCUCAGUCCACAUCUCUUCAUUACAUGAACCCAUACCAGAUGAAUGCCUACGCUCUGGCACUGAAGGCCGUGGGCGAAAUCAUCCAGGACUAUGACAGUGACAAGAUGUUUCCAGCACUGGGCUUUGGAGCCAAACUUCCCCCUGAUGGACGGGUGUCUCAUGAGUUUCCCCUAAACGGCAAUAUUGAAAAUCCCUACUGUAAUGGCAUUGAGGGGAUUUUGGAGGCGUACCACCAGAGUUUAAAGACCGUCCAGCUAUAUGGGCCCACAAACUUUGCACCUGUUGUUAAUCAUGUGGCCAGGUACGCAGCUGCUGUCCAGGAUGGCUCACAGUACUUUGUCCUCCUCAUUAUCACAGAUGGGGUCAUAUCAGACAUGUCACAGACCAAAGAGGCCAUUGUAAAUGCUGCCAAGCUUCCCAUGUCCAUCAUUAUCGUUGGAGUUGGCCAAGCUGAGUUUGACGCUAUGGUUGAGUUGGAUGGCGAUGACAUAAGAAUCUCUUCACGAGGAAAACUAGCAGAGCGAGACAUUGUCCAGUUUGUGCCAUUUCGGGAUUACAUGGACCGAACGGGAAACCACGUGUUGAGUAUGGCACGGCUGGCCAAAGACGUCUUGGCUGAGAUUCCUGACCAGUUCAUCUCCUACAUGAAGACCCGGGGAAUCAAACCCAAUCCAGCACCGCCCCCUUAUACACCUCCAGGACACACACACCACACACAGAUCUGAUCCCAUCCAUGUGCUCUAAAAGUUAGUUUGAGACAGCGGCCCUUUCCCUGGAGCUAAGGGAUAGCUACACUGGAGCUCUAAAGGUUUAUCUCCUGAGGUUACCAUGUGUUUGAACCCUCCGAGACACUCCGAGGUACAGUGGCGUUUUUGUUUGUGAUCUUCAAAUUCCUCCCGUUUUCCUUGGGUAGGACAGUGUGAGUCAAGAAUCUGACCCAAAGGCAGUAUUUUUUUCAUUUUGUUCAAAUAUAAAUAUAUAUAAAUAAAUAUCUAGGCCUGUGACUGUUUCUUAUUUUGUGGAUGAACUGACGAGAGCGGACAAGGACCUGGAGGAUCACGUUUAAGGAAGCGAUUUUUCUGGUUUCAACUCGUGCCUGUCUGUGGCUGUCUCACUGUACAAGGACAAACGUGCCCUAUUCUGACAUUUGACCUUAUUUCACAUCUGUAUACAAGAGUGUGCGUGUGUAUGGUUUUCAGUAAAGUUUUUAGAUCUGUAUCGCUUUAUUUUGUAUCAAGUCAUGCACGUGUGAAUUUGAUUUGUGGAAAAACUUUGUCAUUUGAUUCUUUGUCCACAUCCAUUAUGGUUUAUGAAUGCAGGCGUGAGUGUGAAGAGAAAUAAUACACAUGAAAAGUAUGAUGAGUGCAAUUUUUCAAGCUACAGUAAUUGAGGAAAGCAUGUGCUUGGUCUUUGAUGCAUCAAAAAAUAAGCAUGCGUGAUAUGACGACCAAAACCAUUGCAACCCGACUUUCCUGAUUUCUAAUUUUAUCACCCAUGGGCUUCACACGUAUAAAAUUGCUGGACUGCAAAUGGAUCGAACGUAAAUGCACAUGCACGAUAGACAGUAUGAGCUCUCUCAGAGGCAGAAAAGGAGCGUGCUUCGGCUGUAGUUCAUUCACCGAUUCAAUUUUGUCAAGAGGCUUUUAAACAAAUUAGAGUAUCUGAUGUAUCUGCACACUGCCAGUACAGGACUGAAUGGAGGAGCUCUUGUAAUGGAGCACAUUACGGUCCUGAGCAUAAUAACCAUGAGCAUUUAUCCCUGGGAUUGUGCAUGGGGCAUUAAUUACCUGCAGGCUGCUAAAAGGUGAGAUGUAUCGCUGCCAACCAUAAAGCUUUGUUACACAGAGCGUUCAAUUAAGUCACAGUAAAAUCAAAAGCAUCACAGUCCUUUCUUUACAGUACCUUUCAUGUGUCAUUAAUGCAUUUAAUUUCCUCCAUAGCCAAAAAUUCAAGUCAAUUUAAGUUCAUUUAAGUCAAAAGUUUUUUUUUUUCUUGUGGUUGGUGUAUAAAGUGUUAAACAUUUUACGCACCUACACACAAUAAACUUUUAUUUCUUUAUUAAAGGGAUAGUUCACCCAAAAACGAAAAUUCUGUCAUCAUUUACUCACUCUCAAGUUGAUUCAACCACAAAUUAAGAUAUUUUAAGAUAUUUUUUUAAUAAUGUAAUUUAAACAGAUGAGUUACAAAAAAUUCACCCUCUCACAGUUGUCAUGAAGGACAAAAUAAGACAAAAUUAUUUAUAGACCAAUGUACCAGGCUGUAAACAUAUUAUUUUCUACUGUAAAGUUGGCCAUUUUAACAUGGAGGUCAAUGGGAUUGACUCACUGUUGGAGCCAGCCUCUAGUGGACAGUCGAUGAAUUGCAGUUAAAGUCACUUCCGUAUUAGAGAUUCCGUACUUCAUCAGAGAGAUCGGAAGGCUGACCAUCGUAGUAACCAAACAGUUUUGGAGCACCAUUGACUUCCAUUGUAUUUUUUCCUACUAUGGAAGUCAGUGGUGCUCCUGCUUCAUUACAACUAGCUUUCUUUGUGUUGAGCAAAACUAAGAAAUUCAUAUACGUUUGAAACAACCUGAGUUGGUGAGUAAAUGAUAACAAGAUUUUUAUUUUUGGGUGAACUAUCCCUUUAAAGGAAUAGUCCAUUUUCUUAAAAAAAAAAUUUCUC